CGCUCAGCACGAUGUCUCAGAGGAACAGGAGCUACACGUUUGGAGCUUAUGGAGGAGUUGACAAGAGCUUCUCCAGGACCAGAACCUUGUGGAAACAAGAUGGAAGGAUCCCUCGGAUCUCUGAUGAAGUAGAGCCCUCGCUGGCGCACUCCCACCCUUCAUUUCCUCCUCCCUCACUUUCAAAGGGUUGCAGAAUGGAUGAGCAGAGAUGCCCCCUCCCUCCCCCCCUCAAAACCGAAGAGGACUACAUCCCUUAUCCCAGCGUUCACGAGGUUCUUGGUCGCACGAGCCCCUUUCCGCUCAUCCUGCUGCCCCAGUUUGGAGGCUACUGGAUCGAAGGGAACAAUCAUGAGCUCAAAGACCCACUGGAGGCGGAUCGACCGCCAUGUCCGGCCUCCCACGUCAAACUGGAGACAAACAGCAUGGCCAAGAUCUACCGGAAGCAGUUCAUGGGCAAGGAACACUUUAAUUAUUACACCAUGGAUGCUGCCCUGGGCCACUUGGUCUUUUCCAUGAAGUACGAUGUCAUUGGGGAUCAAGAGCAUCUGCGCUUGAUGCUCCGCACAAAGAUAAAAACUUACCAUGAUGUCAUUCCCAUUUCCUGCCUUACCGAGUUCCCCAACGUGGUUCAAAUGGCCAAGCUUGUUUGCGAAGAGGUAAACGUGGACAGGUUUUAUCCCGUCCUCUUCCCAAAGGCAUCGAGGCUCAUUGUCACCUUUGAUGAGCAUGUGAUCAGCAACAACUUCAAGUUCGGGGUUAUUUACCAGAAGUUCGGCCAGACGUCAGAGGAGGAGCUGUUCGGGAACAUGGAGGAAAGCCCGUCCUUCGUCGAGUUCUUUGAGUUCCUGGGCCACAAGAUUGAUCUUCAUGACUUUAGAGGGUUUCGGGGCGGCCUGGAUGUCACUCACGGGCAAACGGGGACAGAAUCCAUCUACACGAGUUUCCAUAAUAAGGAGAUUAUGUUCCACGUGUCCACCAAGCUUCCUUACACAGAGGGAGACUCACAGCAGCUGCAGAGGAAGAGGCACAUCGGCAACGACAUUGUAGCCAUCGUGUUCCAAGAGGAGAACACGCCCUUCGUACCAGACAUGAUCCAGUCCAACUUCCUGCACGCGUAUGUGGUGGUGCAGGUGGAGAACGCGUGUACGGACGACGUCACCUACAAGGUGUCCGUGACGGCGCGGGACGACGUACCUUUCUUUGGGCCUGCUCUGCCUGACCCCGCCAUCUUCAAAAAGGGCCACGAGUUCCGCGAGUUCCUCUUCACGAAGCUCAUCAAUGCCGAGUACGCCUGCUACAAGGCCGAGAAGUUUGCCAAGCUCGAGGAGCGCACGCGCUCAGCCCUGUUGGAGACUCUGUACGAGGAGGUGCACAUCAACAGCCAGUCCAUGAUGGGUCUGGGCGGAGACGAAGAUAAGCUGGAGAACGGGGCCGCCGUAGGGGGAGGAGGCUUCUUCGAAUCCUUCAAGCGGGUCAUCCGCAGCAGAAGCCAGUCAAUGGACGCCAUGGGCCUCAGUAACAAGAAGUCACACACAGUCUCCACUAGUCACAGUGGCAGCUUUACCCACAAUCCCGCAGAGAGCCCCAAAACUCCAGGGAUUUCAUUGCUUGUUCCAGGGAAAAGUCCGAGUAAAUAUGGACGCCGAGGCAGUGCCAUAGGGAUAGGAACGAUAGAAGAGUCAUUGAUCAUUCCCGGGAAAAGCCCGACCAGGAAAAAGUCCGGGCCCUUCAGCUCCCGUCGCAGCAGCGCCAUUGGCAUCGAGAACAUCCAGGAGGUCCAAGAGAGGAGCCGAGAGGUGUCGCCCAGCACCAUGAGGACGCUGGAGGGAACCCACUUUUCACAGGACAACAAAUCAGACAACUCCUCCAAUCACAGCUCGCCCGAAUUCCCUGCUACCAAGAACAGUUUGGCGAUGUGUUGCAGGGCGCCGUCCAUCCCCGAGGCUCAGGACCUAUCCCGCUCCUCCUCCAACGCCAGCAGCUUCGCCAGCGUGGUGGAGGAGCACGAGGACGAGCACGAGGCCGAGGAGGAGUACGACACUGGACUGGAAAGUGGGUCUUGUGUUACGCCACUCAAGGGAGAGCCAUUCGUGUUCAGCUCUGCGGCCGACGACGGCGCGUGCAGCACCAGUCAGGGAGGUGUUUCUGCAGCGUCUCGUCCUCAGCAGCAAUCGGACGGAGUGAAGACGUCGGAGCCCAAAGGGACCGACAGCCGGCCCAAGACGGAGCACAAGUUCUCAUCGAACUGUUAGCCACCCUCCUCUGAUCACUGCUUCGACAUCCAUUCUCAGCGUUCCCCAUGAGAGGCAUCUCUCGCCCGAGAAGGAGCGAGCCACGGGGCAUGUGACCUUCACCGCAGACGCAGGAGAGAAGACAGAAUCGAGACAGAACCGCUGACAGACGCCCAGCUCCGUGGAUUCGUCCCCGACCCUUGCCGCCCUCAUUCCAGCUCCACGUGGGAACCCUCC